GAGCACUUUGGGGCGGUUGCCGUUUGGGGUGUCCCACGGCGUACCCGGUGAAGAUGCUGAACCCGUUCCUGUGUUUCACUGGCUGUUGGUAGAGUCUGCUGCCCUGGGCGGGCAUCCAAUGCUGUUUAAAGAGCGAAGUAACAAACCCAUGUCCGACUUUGUUCGGAAGGAUAGCGCAAAGGUGCCUUUGGAAAAAAAUAGUGAUUGUUUUAAGUGGACCUGCGAUUUGAAGCAUGAGAGUUUAAAUCUCUUGAUUUUUGUAUUGUCUCUGUGGAGAUCAGCAAAAUCUCGAAGCAGAAGUCCAUAUUCAUCAAGGCACUCAAGGUCUCGUAGCAGACACAGAUUGUCUAGAUCCAGAAGUCGUCAUUCAAGUAUUUCUCCUAGUACAUUGACUCUGAAGAGUAGCCUGGCUGCUGAGCUGAACAAAAACAAAAAAGCAAGAGCUGCUGAGGCAGCCAAAGCCAGCGCAAAAGCUUCCAAUACUUCGACACCUACUAAGGGAAACACGGAAACUGCUGUAAGCGCACCUCAAGUGAACAAUGUAAAGGACCUGAAGAAAAUAAAAACGGAGCAUACACCUUCUCCUACAAGCAGUGCAAAUUUGAAAAAUGACAAGGCAAAAGCAAAGGUCUCGCUUCCUGAAGCAAAAGCGGAAAAUAAUUUAAUUGCAGACAAAAUUACUAAACAGAAACCUGCAGCGGUAAAAGAGAAUAAAUCGACUGUUGUAAAACAGCCACCGGUCACUGUAAAAGAGAAAAGCAAACCAAGUACACCAAGUGUAGUAACCAAGGAGAAGGAGCGAAUUGUUGCACUACCAACCUCCACACUGCCACCUUUGCCUUUGCCUCCCACGCUGCCUGAAGAUAAAGAAACUGAUAGUUUGCGAGAGAAUCUUUCAGUGAAGUCGGUUAAAGAAGCAGAAAAGAAACUUCGCCAUCUGCUUGCAGACUUACCGCUUCCACCCGAGUUGCCUGGAGGAGCUGACUUAUCCAAAAGUCCCGAAGAAAAGAAACCAGCAGUUCAGCUACACAGCAAGAGAAGACCAAAAAUAUGUGGACCACGACAUGGUGAAACAAAAGAAAAAGAAAUAGACUGGGGAAAGCGCUGUGUGGAUAAAUUUGAUAUCAUUGGUAUUAUUGGUGAAGGCACUUAUGGGCAAGUUUACAAAGCCAGAGAUAAAGACACAGGGGAAAUGGUGGCACUAAAGAAAGUACGUCUGGAUAACGAAAAGGAAGGGUUUCCAAUUACAGCUAUUCGGGAGAUUAAGAUUCUUCGACAGCUUAAUCACCAAAGCAUUAUCAACAUGAAGGAAAUAGUGACAGAUAAGGAAGAUGCUUUGGACUUCAAGAAGGACAAAGGUGCAUUUUACCUGGUAUUUGAAUAUAUGGACCAUGACUUGAUGGGACUGCUGGAAUCUGGUUUGGUUCAUUUUAAUGAAAAUCAUAUUAAAUCUUUUAUGAGACAGCUGAUGGAGGGCUUGGCCUAUUGCCAUAAGAAGAACUUUUUGCACAGAGAUAUCAAAUGUUCAAAUAUUCUACUAAACAAUAGAGGGCAGAUAAAGCUUGCAGAUUUUGGGCUUGCUCGGCUGUACAACUCUGAAGAAAGCCGACCAUAUACCAACAAAGUUAUUACAUUAUGGUAUCGGCCUCCUGAACUUCUGCUUGGAGAAGAAAGAUACACACCAGCUAUCGAUGUCUGGAGCUGUGGCUGCAUCCUGGGCGAACUCUUUACAAAAAAGCCAAUAUUUCAAGCAAAUCAAGAACUUGCUCAGCUGGAACUUAUAAGCCGAAUUUGCGGGAGUCCUUGUCCAGCAGUGUGGCCUGAUGUUAUAAAAUUAGCUUAUUUCAACACAAUGAAACCAAAGAAGCAGUAUCGUCGAAAACUGAGAGAAGAGUUUGCUUUCAUCCCACCAGCUGCAUUAGAUUUAUUCGAUUAUAUGCUUGCUCUGGAUCCCAGUAAGCGCUGCACAGCUGAACAAGCUCUUCAGUGUGAGUUCCUGCGAGAUGUGGAACCAUCAAAAAUGCCUCCUCCGGACCUUCCUUUGUGGCAGGAUUGCCAUGAGCUGUGGAGUAAGAAGCGUAGAAGACAGAAGCAGAUGGGCAUGACCGAUGACUCAACAGCAUCUAAAGUCCCUAGGAAGGAUCUGUCUCUAGGCAUGGAUGAGAGCAGAACCAACACCCCACAAGGCAUGCAAACUUCUUCCCAACUUAAAACUCAGGGCAACUCUAGUGUAGCACUUGCAAAAACAAGCACUGGACAGCAGUUAAACCAGAAUGAAGUGGCAAUCCUGCUAAACCUGCUACAGUCUAAAACAAGUGUUAGUUUGGCACAGUUUGCCCAAGUGUUGAAUAUUAAGGUGAAAAACAGUCAGAACAGCAGCAGCAGCAGCAGCCGCCGCCGCCAACCACCGGAACAGGAGCCUCUAAAACAGCCGACCGUCACACAACCUCCUGUACCACCUGCUCAGCUGAGUCAGCCUAAAGUUGAGACUGAUGCUGCCCAGGCAGCUGUACAGAGUGCAUUUGCUGUUCUGUUGUCUCAGUUAAUAAAGGCUCAGCAAACAAAACAAAAAGAUUUUGUGUUGGAGGAGAAGGAAAACGGAUCAGGAAAUGAAAUGUCGUUACAACUCAGGCAGCCUCCAGAGCCCACCACUCCUGUGUCUGUCAGCCGGGAUGACGUGGAAUCUCCAGCACCCGGCUACCCACAUCUGAUCAAGUCAUUAUAUACGUCUGCAGGUCAAGAGGAUUUGGUUAGACAGUCCGAGAUGAGGCUUCUAAACCGAACACCCGAACAAGAACGCCCUCGGAUCUUGCCUCCAGACCAGCGUCCCCCAGAGCCACCGGAGCCUCCGCCUCUCACUGAUGAAGACCUUGAUUAUCGGACAGAGAACCAGCAUUUGCCUAUAACUAACUCUUCAGGAACAGAUCCUCACGCAGGAGUGAAAGCAGCUCUUCUGCAGCUGCUUGCUCAGCAUCAAGCUCAGGCGACAACAGAGGAGCCAGUACAAACGAGUGUGGAUUAUCAGGCUAGAGACUCCUACGUACCAGGCCCAGACUACAAGGAUAACUUUGGAUCAUCCUCCUUCUCAUCUGCCCAUUACGGCAGUAGCGAUGGAAUAGGAAGCGGAUCGUCGGGAGCAUUAGAAAGGAGGAGCUUCCUUGGAAACUCGGAUAUUCAGUCUUUGGAUAACUACAGUACUGCUUCAUCUCACUCUGGUGCUGCCCCUCCUCCGUCGGCCUUUUCAGAAUCCUUUCCCAGCUCAGUAACCGGUUAUGGAGACAUUUACCUCAACACUGGCGCCAUGCUAUUUAGUGGAGAUAAAGACCAUAGGUUUGAAUACAGCCACGGCCCGAUCCCGGUUCUGGGGAGCAGCAGUGACGCUUCCGCAGGGCCAGAGAGCACGCACUCUUUGCCCACAAAGAUGCACAACUACAGCUACGGAAGUAACUUACAGGAAAAUCCCAGUGGCAUCAGCCACAUGCAUGGACAGACUUGGACUUCUCCUGCCCAAGGACCCGGCUAUUCCCAAGGAUACAGGGGACACAUUAGCACAUCUGCAGUGAGAGGGCGAGGCAGAGGAUUACCAUAUUGA